AUGCGUGCCAGACCCGCACACGCACAUCCAUCAGAGUCAGCUCAGCCGUUGGAUGCUCAUUGGGCACUCACAGGAAACGAGCCGGAUCCGGCGUGUUACACACUGACACUAGUUACACCUCUCUCUCCUCUCUCCCUGGUUGAACAGAAAUCGCUGAAGGCAGCACUUGCAGAGUUGCAGCUGAGACGAGGAGAACACAAUCAAAUAAAUGAGCCUAUGAGCUUUACCAAUCAUUGUUCUCAUGCACUAUCGAAAUGCGGAACAGUCGGUCCAUCUCUCUUCAUCUCAACCCUCUUGAAAGCUUGUAGAACAAUCCGAAACCUCGAACAAGUUCACGCACAGAUUAUUCAAAAGGGUAUAGAACAAGAUAACUUUGUAAUUUCCCAGUUCGUUUGUCGUUGCAACUCAUUCUCCAACAUAGGAUACGCUUCAAGUGUUUUUGAUCGCGUUUGUGAGCCAAAUGUCUAUCUUUGGAACUCUGUCAUUAAAGGAUAUCGUGAUCGUUCCUCUGUUAAUGAGACCAUUUCUAUUUUUAAUCGCAUGAAAUCGUCUAAAGUUACUCCCGAUGAAUUCACGUUUCCUUCUUUGAUCAAGGCGUGCUCGAGUGUGUCUGCGAUUAGGGAAGGUAGGGCAAUUCACGGCUCGAUAGUGAGAUAUGGAAUAGACACGAACAUUUUUGUUAGUACGAGUUUGAUUGAUUUGUAUGGGAAGUGUCGUGAGAUUGAAUGUGCUCGAAAGAUUUUUGAUGGGAUGUCUUGCAGGAAUGAGUUUUCUUGGACGGCUAUGAUUGUUAGUUACAUGAUUUUGGGGGAUUUAGCUGCAGCUGGAAAGCUUUUUAACCAAAUACCAUGUCGGAAUCUUGCAUCCUGGAAUGCGAUGAUUGGUGGGUAUGUGAAGUUUGGUGACUUGACGAGUGCUAAGAAUCUGUUUGAUCAAAUGCCAGAGAAGAAUGCGGUUUCCUUCACAUCAUUGAUAUGUGGGUAUGCCAAGGCAGGUGAUAUGGCUUCUGCACGAUUUCUAUUUGAUCAAUCUCCAGUUAGAGAUAUUGUAUCGUGGUCUGCUUUGAUAUCGGGCUAUGUGCAGAAUGGUAAACCAAAUGAGGCUGUGAAGAUCUUCUUUGAGAUGCAUUCAAAAAAUGUUAGACCGGAUGAAUUUGUUAUGGUGAGCUUAAUGUCUGCAUGUUCCCAAGUUGGUAGUUUGGAACUAGCCAAAUGGAUUGAUUCUUAUGUGGUCCAGAACUUGAUGGAUCUUCGUCAAGCUCAUGUUACUGCAGCUCUCAUAGACAUGAAUGCCAAGUGUGGGAAUUUGGAAAGGGCAUCCUAUUUGUUUGAGGAGAUGCCAAAACGAGAUCUUUUCUCGUAUUGUUCUAUGAUUCAGGGCCUGUCAAUUCAUGGGCUUGGGGAGCAGGUUGUCAGGCUCUUUGCUCGAAUGCUUGAUGAAGGCUUGAUUCCUGAUGAUGUAGCUUUCACAGUUGUCCUUAAUGGUUGCAGCCAUGCAGGCCUUGUUGAAGAGGGUUGCUUUUACUUUAAUUCCAUGAAAAAUGACUACUCCAUAACUCCUUCUCCAGAUCACUAUGCCUGUAUGGUUGAUCUUCUUGGAAGAUCUGGGAAUUUAGAAGCAGCUUAUGACCUCAUAAAAUCAAUGCCUGUGGAACCACAUGCUGGUGCCUGGGGUGCAUUGCUUGGUGCAUGUAGGCUACAUUCUGAUAUUGAGCUUGGGGAGGCGGUGGCAAGCCGGCUUUUCAAGCUUGAACCUCACAGUGCAGGUAGUUAUGUGCUAUUGUCAAACAUUUAUGCAGCUGCAGAUAGGUGGUUGGAUGUUUCUAAUGUGAGGAACAUGAUGCGGGAGAAGGGGAUCAGAAAGAUUCCUGGUGUCAGUUGGAUUUAGUAUUUGAGGUUGUGUCAUGGAAAAUUCUGAAGAACAGUACAGACACCUUUGGAUUAUUCCUUAAAAAUCCUGAAAACUUUUUCCAUACAGGCUUCGCAAAGAUCAUCACCUUCUUAAGACAGUAGCUCAGUGUCACUUUCUCUUAGAGAUUGGCUAAAGGUGGCUGGCUGAGUGAAUCAUCUGGAUAGUUGAUUUGGUGGUUCGUGACAUGAGGUAUUCCUUUAAUUUCUGAACUUCUAGACUCAAAAUAUGGAGAUUAUGGGACUUACGCGUCUUUUCGUACCUCUAUUUCUACACGGUUCAUGAUGUGCUUAACUUUCAUGGUUAAAUGUGUUGCCAUGGUGAGCAGGUUGUCCAUGGCAAGCAUAUAAAAUGCAAGUUCAUCUGAUUAUGCAUUAUUUGGUUUUCAAUUGUUUAUCUUUUGUAGCUUCUCUGGAAGACUUCAGCACUGAAAGAGCUGAUGGCACCAUUAAUGCAAAGGAGUUCCCUUGUUCUU